AUGUCCCUCAACCGUGUCUCAUCCCUCGAGACAUUCUCUCAUCUGCACAGCCCAGGCUCCUCUAGGGCCCCCUCACCCAGCAGUCGUGAUAGGAGACUUAGCUUCAAUCCUCUACCGGAGUCAUGGGAUCCUCACGCCGGCAAGCCAGGCUACAUAGAGUCUGUGGGCGCCUUCGAGGUCCCAAGAUGGAAGAGACUCUUACAAGUCUCGGCGACGGUCGUCUACUGCCUCUUCGCAGCAGGUGUAGUAUUCGGCUACGCGGCGCUGAAGCCAGUGCUCAAGGCAGAGGGUGCCUAUCAGGACGUCUGCGGGGGUCAGUCAGGUGAGCAGGAAGCUGAUGGUGCCAUCUCCUUCACCACCGCUGCCGCCGCCGCCGACGUGGAUACGUGCGUCGAGAUCCACCUGAACCUCAUGUUCACCGUCGCCGCCGUCUCGACCAACGUGGCCGCGCUCCCCGUCGGCACCAUCCUCGACCACCUCGGUCCACGCGUCUGCAGUCUGCUCGGUGCCUUCUUCCUCGCGGUGGGCUCCCUGCUGAUGGCCUACGAAAGGGCCCUCCCCUUCGACGGCCUGCUCUUUGGCUAUCUCUUUCUGGCGCUCGGCGGGCCCUUCACCUACAUCUCCUCCUUCCAGCUGUCCAACGCUUUCCCGCGGCACUCGGGCCUCAUCCUGGCCAUCCUGACGGGCGCCUUCGAUGCCUCAAGCGCCCUCUUCCUUGUUUACCGCGUUAUUUUUGAGAAGACCGCGGGGGCGUUCGGUCACGACAGAUUCUUCCUGGCCUAUCUCGUGGUGCCCGUGGUCAUCGUCCUGCUGCAGCUGUUCUUACUCCCUGCGCAGUCAUACAAGACCAUCGGCGAGAUGAUCGAGGAGGUUGACCAGCCGCUUCUGCCUCACGAGCGGAAUGACCAGGUCGACGAGCACACGGCGCUGCUGGAGGAGGAGCGCAGGGAGCACCGGGAGUGCGUCCAGGCGGACCUAGAGGACCUUCUCGGGCCCGCGCGGGCGGACAGGCAGGCCAGGAGCGAGGAGCGCAAGAACGAGACGUCGGGCGUGUGGGGGGUCAAGCACCAGAACACGGCUUGGGAACAGAUCCGGUCCCCUUGGUUCAUCUUCAUCUGUCUCUUCACUGUGAUCCAGAUGACAAGGAUCAAUUACUUCGUGGCGACGAUCCGACCCCAGUAUCAAGCCCUCCUCCACUCCCGUGACCGUGCCAUCGAGAUCAACAACUUUUUCGACCUCGCUCUCCCCGUCGGCGGUAUCCUCUCCAUCCCCUUCAUCGGCCUGCUCCUGGACCACACCUCGACUGUCGCCGUGCUCUUCUGGCUCGUUACCGUCACCACCACCGUCGGCGUGCUGGGUGUCAUCCCCGAGGUCUGGGCGGCCUACGCCAACAUCUGUCUGUUUGUGCUGUAUCGGCCCUUUUACUACACUGCCGUGUCCGACUACACCGCCAAGGUGUUCGGCUUCAAGACGUUUGGCACCGUCUACGGGACUAUUAUCUGCCUUUCAGGUUUGUUCAACUUCUCACAGUCUGGCCUGGAUUACCUGUUCCACCAGACUUUCCAGGGCGACCCAGUGCCCGUGAACGUCAUCCUGCUGUCGGCGGGUUUCGUUGUGGGCCUGGCGAUGGUGGUAUAUGUUGGCUACAAGGCGAGGGGGCUGAAGAGGGAUAUGCUGGAGCUGGAGGCCGAGAGGGCUGUCGGGCUGCACGAUUGA